CUUCUGUUCCACCGACCGACGGAGGCGACGGGACAUGUCGAAAUCCGCAUCGUCGCCCACCGCGCGUCUGCUGCAGUCCUCGCGCCUCUUCUCCCUCCCUCGCCGACUCCCCAUCCAACCCGAACUCACCACCGGUGUCUAUCGCACCUCCGACACGGCCACCACUCCCUACCCCACUCAUCAAGCAAUCACCACCCCCGCAGCCUCUCUCCAUCGAGGUGAUUGGGGUCUGAAACGAGCCAUUCCCGGCCGCAAGACCAAAGUCACCACGCCAGUCAUCCGAGUCCGCGCCAAUGACACUUACGAGCACAUCACCGACUUUGCCUCCGCCGGCGACCACGUCCAGACGGAGCGGAAGUGGGCCGAGAUGGGCGUGCCCUUUGUGAUGGAGAAGCAAUCCCGUCAUAGCGAAGAGAAUGCGGUAGGCGUGUUUGAGGCAUGGCUGGACAACACCGAUCCCGAUGCUCCCCCGUUGACCAUCAGGAGACCGGUGGCGGGGCGAAUGGUGGUGGAGCAAAGUCCAAAGCAGAUGCAAAGAUGGAAGCAUCGAGGUCCUUGGCUGGCUGGGAUGCAAGAUGGCGAUUUUGAGCGGUAUGUGGGGGAGAAGAUUGGCAAGAAGAAGGAAGAGUGGCGCGCCUUCUUGGGCAAGAAGUGGAGGGCAAAUGAGAUUCAGCGGGCAAAGAGUGAUGCGCGGAAAACCGAGGAGCCCCUCACCGAGGAGCAGGUCCGCGAGAUGGAAAAUCUGCAGCCCACCGAGGAACAACUGUCGGCAUACGAGAAACAGCUUCGGGAUGACCACGCCUACCAAGGACUUUCGUCCAACCUCACAGCCCUCAUUAGUGCAUUCCUCGAUCUGCCCGCAGUCUACUCCGCUGCUGCCUCUCGACUCAACCCCAACGGUCUCUACAAUCAACUUAUCAGUGCGGUCGAAGGAGACCGGGGCCCACCCACCACUCACCCCUCCGGCGGCCUCAGUCAUCUCCGCACCGACGCAAUCAUGCACAAUCAUCCCAUCUACGGUCCACAGAGAGACAAGCCACCAGUGGAAGCGCGCGUGGUACGUCCUCGGACGCGAAACGGUGCCGUACUGGAAUACAUGGCCAAGCUCGGUGUCGGUGGCAUUGUGACCGACGAUUCGCACAGCGCUACCAGUCGUUCGCCCGAAACCGGCAACAUGAAGCCCGAAGACCGCGCGACGCACGCCCUGGACGAGAACACCCAUGGUGGCAAUCGUCUGUGGGUGCAUCCCGAAGUGGCGACGAUGGAUCACAAUUCUCGUGUGCAUCUGCGAGUGAAUCGCGCGCGGGCUGAAGCGGUGGCGGUGCGGACGAAUAAUAAGGAGGAAUUGGAUGCCAUUCAGCAGUCCAAGUCGUCAGGUGGUGGUGGUGGUUUACGGCAGGCGGGUGGAGUUAGUAUACCUUUGCUUGGACGUGGUGGUCGGACGUCGCGCACGCCCAGGGCAAGGGUGUUGUAGAACUAUAGAUAGAUUGAGAUGCCGACUCUAGCCGACCCUUUC